AUGAAUCCAGAGUGCCACCGGCUAGCCGAUCCCAGAAUAUUGACACCGCAAUAUAGAUACGAUUACCUCUUCAAGCUCCUGCUUAUUGGAGACUCCGGCGUCGGAAAGUCUUGCCUGCUGUUGCGUUUCGCCGAUGACACCUACACUGAGUCCUACAUCUCUACCAUCGGUGUCGAUUUUAAAAUCCGAACCAUUGAACUCGAUGGAAAGACUGUCAAGCUGCAGAUUUGGGAUACUGCUGGCCAAGAACGAUUCCGGACCAUCACAUCAUCUUACUACCGAGGUGCUCACGGCAUCUGCGUCGUCUACGAUGUGACGGACAUGGACUCGUUCAACAACGUCAAGCAGUGGCUGCAGGAGAUUGACCGCUACGCGACAGAGGGCGUCAACAAAUUGCUCGUGGGCAACAAGAGCGAUAUGUCGGAUAAGAAGGUGGUCGAAUACACAAUGGCAAAGGAAUUCGCUGACAGCCUUGGAAUCCCUUUCCUCGAGACAUCCGCGAAGAACGCCUCCAACGUUGAGCAAGCCUUCCUGACCAUGGCCCGUCAGAUCAAGGAACGAAUGGGUACCACCACUGUCAACAACAAGCCCACAGUUCAAGUUGGACAAGGCCAGGGCGUGCAAUCGGGAGCCGCUGGUGGGUGUUGCUAG